AUGUCGAAAGGAAUAGGCGAGAAAGGUCCGUUCGCGCACGAAAGUUCUGUAGAUUCGGAAUUCGCCCAAGAUCAACAUUUGGUGGACGCUUUAACCUCACAAGUUGAUGCGACAACGAUUCAGAAUAUUAUUGAGGUUCAGAGGCAGAGGUUUAAUAUCUCAAUGUUCAUUUUAUAAUGAUAAAAUCUUUGUUCAGCCUAAGAAGGUUCGAAAAAACCAACGAGAUGUUGGUAAAUUGCUCACAACUCAGCGAAAAAAGGCUGGAAAGGGCGAAAAGAGACGCCGCGCAACACAAAGAAACCAUUAUGCAGGUUAUUUAAAAUCGUAAAACCUAAUAAAUUAUUAAAAAUUCAGAUGAAAUCUGACCUCGAGCUGAUUUUUCAAGAAGAUCCGUUGGUUCAAAAAGCAGUUUGGCUAGUAAAUACCCCGAAAUUUAUAAGCAAGGUUGGUUAUUUUUUUAUAAAAUGAUAAAAAAAUAUUGAAAUAUUUCAGUGGAUGUCGAGUUUGCAGCGAAAAAGAUCGAAAGAGGACGUUGAAGACGAGGAAAAAAAUAAAAAUUUUUCAUCGUUAUAA